UCCAUUCCCUAGGGAAAUAUAGCGUUAACACGCAUGGAAACGUAACAUAGAGUGUAGAUAGCCAUGAGGAACACAAAGGUCUGCCCCAUCGCCAUGUCGAACUGGAUAGAUUCUCGGCAAGAUGAUGGUAUAUUCAUUCAGCUGUCUGAAGAAAAUGAGGAUAACGAGUUCAGCGACACACGUAACGACAACGACUAUUGGAUUGAUCAGCUGCCUCGAGGACAAGAGUAUUGGCAUGCCAGGCGAGCAUUUCUGAGCAGCUACCACUUCUCGGAAGAUCGAACCAGGUUUGCAGGGAAGCUGAAGAGGUCCGUGAAGGGCAUGAACAAGGCCGCCAUGGGUGUUGUGCUGGAGGUUCGUCAAGAGUUGUCCAAAAGAAGAUUUGUGAUCAGGGUUUUCCGGGUGAAGCUCAUCUUUCCCUCGAUGGUUCAUAUUUGCGUGAAAUGCUUUGUCCCGUCAUUUAGGAAAGUCGAAAAGCUGAGCCACUGAUCAACAUAUGUGAUACAUAUAUUGUCUCCAUGAAGAUUUGUAAAUAACAGCAUGGAAGUCAGCAUGGCUAUAUCUCCAGUGUAUUUGUGUGUUUUGUGGAUUUACAAAUACUGUCAAUGUAGUUCCUUGUCAUAUAUAUGUGUACCCAUAUAUCUACAUCUUUCUAUCUAUCUAUCUAUCUAUCGGUU